CUGGUGGUUUAAGUUCAGUCAAGGACAAUUGCCAACUGAAAACCACCAAACGUUUUCUGAAAAUGUUCGCCUGUUACAGGAAAUAUUCAUGUGUUAAGUGUUUAGAAGAAGCUAACUAACGUUCAAUAACGGUACCUGUUCUGCCUGUUAACUAAGCUAUCAUGCCGGACUGGCUCAGUCUGUGUGUGGUCAUUAGCCUGUUGUUAUGUCUUACAACCGUAGCUGGUUACAUUUUGUACUCGGGACUCCUCUCAGACAUUAUCGUACUAACUGGCUCUGCUCCCAUAAAGAAGAUUACAUUCGCCUACAAAUUUAAAAAAGGACCGUACAAACAGUGCGGACAACUUUUUAAGGAGUCUCUCAGUAUUGGACCAAAGCUUUCAUGUAUCGCAGUAUUUUAUGAUGACCCUAAAAAGGUGCCGGGACCACAGUGCCGCUAUGCUGUCGGCAGUAUUCUUUGUGAGGGAGAAAACAAAGCCGAUGAGGGGCUUCUAAAGAGCUUUGAGACAUCGGGCUUUAAUGUCUUUUCCUUUCCCGAAGUCACACAUGUGGUCACUACCUCGUUCCCCCACAGGACGUUCUUCUCUCUCCUUUUGGGAAUAAGAAGAGUCUACCCACGGCUAGAGCACUACAUCAAGGAAAGGAGACUGUGUGCACACCCGUUCCUUGAGAUCUACAGAGAGGGUCAGGUCCAGUUCAUGGCUCCCUUGGCUCGGCAGGGAGAUUUCUAUGUGCCUGAAGUCUGCCAGGUAGAGAGGAGGCUCUCAGAACAAGAGGAAUUGCACAGUGACACAGACAUCUCAGGUGCAGACUCGAACAGUGAAUACAGCUCAGGUAGUGGGGUUCUCCUGUCAGACAGCAGAGAGACGUCCCUGGCAGCAUCCUCGGUCCACUCUGUGCCUAUCCAUGAUCAAGGGGAUAAAGACUACAGAGGGAGAAGCUCCAGGGGAACCUCAUUUAAAGAGCUGGACUGGGAGCAGACUGAUGGAGAGCAGGCAGAGAGAGAAGAGGGGCUUCAUGGAGACUCCAACCAGAAGAGCCUGGAGGCUCCCUCUCAGGAGUGGUGGGGUGUCGUCGGGGAAGAAGAGUAAAAGUUCACUGAGACAUAUAAGGUGAAGAUGAGAGAAUAAAGGACUGAAAUUGAUGAGGUUGGGAAGUGCAGAUUUUAAAAGCAUGGCUUACUGUGUGUUCAUGUCCAAAAAGGGAAAUAUUAAAGAAUAGGGCAGGUGAUAUUCUAUGUUUUUGUUAUUGUGAACAGCAUAAAAAGACCAAAACCAAAAAUGUGUUAGUCUGAUUCUCAAUACUUUCAGACUUCCCUACUCUGAAAGCCAGUUCUUUCUUAUAGAAGAUGUUCGUUUUUAAAAACUAUAGAUAUAUUGUGUAAUUUAAAAGAAAAUGUGAAAUAAUUUCCUAAAACAGCUGGGCUGUAGUUUUUAGCAUUUCUUAUCCAAGCAUGAGUACAUACGGCAUUUGCCGCAGAAUACUUUUAGACAUGGAUUAAUCCAUAUUUAGUACUCUAAUGAGUAUUUACAGCAGCGGGACAGUGUUUGCAGGAUCCACCCUGUACAAACAGCAGUGCCUAUCAUAAUUUAGGAACAUUUUUAUAGUUAUUAGACAACAAAGGAGGUCUAUGGUGCAAAAGAAUAUUGGCUUUGGAUACACAGGUAACUGUUAAUGUUGGUCUUUUCAUUGGAUCUGUUGAUAAUAUGAAAAAUCUAGAAUGUAACAAGUCUUAUUCUUUAGUAAAAGUAUUACAAAUCUGCUUUAUUUUGUUGACAGAAAACGAUUCACUUGAAAUCUGCAGAAUGCAUUCAGGUAGCCUGAGUUUCUUGAAACAUUUUUUUUUAUAGAAGUGAUGAUUGUCAAAAUCACACAAGAUGACUGAACUGAGUAUUUGUUAGCAAGGCAUUUUACUUGAGUGUCUACCAGUAUUUUAUAUCUCCUGUUUGGUGUACUUAAGAUAACCAUUACUUGCAUUUCCAGCAAGUUUUUUUUAUUUGUUGGAGGAACAUACAGAGAAUUCUGUUCAUUUCACAGAUACCUAUACUGACUAGUUUACAAAGGGCCUUCAUUUAAUUAAUUAAUAACUGACGACAUUGAAAUUACUAUAAGCACACACAGAAGUCGUCAUAAAGUUUUCUGUUUAUUUUUUGUGUUUGAAUAUUUGUGUGCCUUAUAACAACUUCUAUGUGUAUUGUGUUGACAUAGCAUUGUUGCUGAUGCGCAUGUUUUGAUGUAAAAUUGACUUAAUUUCCAAAAGGAAAAGUGUGAAUAACAUAAUUGCCUUCUUCCUGUGGUCCUCCCGAUCACCUCUGAGAUUGAGGACAUAAUUAUGGUGAGUGUGCAGCCUGCUGCCAUGAUCAGUCAAGGAAAAAGAUGACAAGACAAGUGGGCUGACUAUUAAUAUUCAUUUCUCUAUUACUGAAAGCAAAGCUCUAUGACUUUACCUUGCAUUUACUAUCAUUCUACAUUUGGCUUCUAGCAUCCUCAAAUUAUCCUCACACAUUCACUCCAUAGCUCCUUCCUUUUCUGUUUAGCCAUCCUGUUCUGUUGUUUCUCAACCUUUCUACCAUCUGCUGUCUCUUUGCACAGGCUAAUUUCUGUUUUUCUCCCUUUGUUAUUCUCCCUCUGAUAUAAAUAUGGCAGCUGCAGCGUGGAAGACCACCUGAUGACCCACAGCUUAUAAUGUAUGUCCAGUCAUAUCCAUAUCCUUUAUCUUCCAGCAAACAAGAGAUCACAGUGAGCUAAAAUUCUGAGUUAAAAUGUGUUUAUUUAAGAUUCUCCAGGUGACCGUUUUCACUUUGACAGAAAUUAGUAAUACCUAUAGAGAAAGGUUUUUGCUUGUCCUUUAAUCCAGCCAAGGUUGAAAAAAAAAAAAAAGUUCACAGCCAUUACAGAUACUUAGGAAGAUCUCCAUACUGCCUAACAGUUCAUUAGAGAGCUUUGAUGAUCGCUCGUUAAACUACUGUAUUUUAUUACUCCAUGGGUGUAAAAAAAAAACAAAAAAACCCCCGAUCCUGUUACAUUGUCACUCAUUCAUUAAUUUACUCUAAAUUGGAGGAACCUCAAUGCUGAGCUUUUACCUAAUAAAUGUUCUACAAAUAAGUUGAUGUAUAGUGGGUGUUUACAUUUCUAAUCUAAAUGCUGAUGCUACUCUAAAGAUGGGGUUAAAAUCCCAGAAUAAAUUUAAAUGAGAUGGAUGAGCUUUAAGAGUAAGAGUGAAGCUCUGAGAUGCUUUCUGUGUGUGUAAUUAUAAAACCUCUCAGGAAGCAGUGUGUGCCCUCCUCUUUAUACACAUGUGGUACUAACCUGCUGACUCCACGCUGAUCUGUGAAUUAUUUGUAGGCUACAUUGUUUAUUGCACAUAGGUUGGGAAUCUAACAAACUUAAGUAUGGCAGAAUUGGUGUGACAGAGUAAUGAUCUCAGAGGCUAGGUGGAUAAAUACUCAGGGCUGGCCGUGCCUUUGGAGCUGGUAGGGAUAUUGUUUUAUUUCUAUGGGCAUUUAAAGGUUAGGCAAACUUAUUUAGAGGGGGAAAACAUCAAAGGCAAAUGGUAAAAUUGACUGACUGUGCAUCUAUUUUUAGUUUUUUUAUUUCUUUAUCAGCUUUCCAGUUCAAUGACGUGUUAUUACAGCUAUUACAAGUGUUACAGUGUGUGUUACACACACUUUCUGUUUAACCUCCAAAUAAAGUGGUUUCUGACUAA